GCUGGCGCGCAGAGGUCGCUUCAGUCGUGUUGGAUUAUUUGUCAGCGUGUGUGCCAGUAAUAUGGCGACGAAUAAUUAUUUCGGUUUUACCCACGGCGGAACGCAAUAUAGUGCUACGGCAACGGGAGCCGCGUACCAAGCUGGCCAAGCCGGAUACGCCGUAGCCGCCCCGGCUACCGCCGCCGCCGCUGCCGCGACGUACGGCACCCAGCGAGCCGCGGGGUACGACACGGCCUAUCAAGCAGCCGCCGCCACCCAGGGCACGUACGCGGCCGUGGGCACCGGGGCCACGCCGGCCUACGAAUACGGUUACGGUCAAACAGCCGCCGCCGGGUACACAGGGGGCUACGAUCAGACGGCCGCCGCCGCUGCCGCCAAGCCGGCGACUUAUGCGACUACAUACACCCAGAGGGCUGCGGGACAACCACAAGCACAAGCAGCGGCAGCAGCAGCAGCAGCCGCGAAACCAGCUCAGUACACCGGGACUUAUCAAGCUAAUGCAACUGGUUAUCAAGCUACCUACGCCCAGCCAGCAGCGCAGACAACAAUAGCUGCACAACCUACCACACAAGCUAAGCAAGCUAACUCCACCACAACGUAUUCCGGAUACGACGCAGCGCUGUAUUCGGCAGCGACAAUGUACGUCGCCCAGCAGGGCGGAGCCGCUCAGCAGAAAUCUGGAGGUUGGCAAGGGUACAAGAAAGGCGGGAUUGGCGCCAAAAACAUGAGGACGAAGGCGCCACCUAAACCGCAGCAGCUGCACUACUGCGACGUGUGCAAGAUCAGUUGCGCCGGUCCACAGACCUACCGCGAACACUUGGAAGGUCAGAAACAUAAGAAGCGCGAAGCUGCCACCAAAAUGGCCGCUUCCGUUGCCGUUACAAAUCAAAAUCGCGCCGGAAACUCGUUGAGAUGUCAAUUGUGUGACGUUACAUGUACAGGAAACGACGCAUACGCCGCCCACAUUCGAGGAGCCAAACAUCAAAAAGUCGUAUUGUUACAUACGAAACUGGGCAAACCGAUCCCACCGCAGGAACCAGAAAUAAUUGGUGGUCCUCGUAAGUCCGUUUCCUCCACACCAAAGAUAAACUUUGUGCAAUCAGGAGGUCUCGGCAUUCCCACAGGUAAUGGAGAUUCAAAAGAUGACGAAGUUGAUGAACAGCCCGAGCCGGACAUCCAACCAGUCGGCCAAGACUAUAUCGAGGAGAUCAAGAGCGAUGACGGCAAGGUUAUUAGUUUUAAUUGUAAGCUGUGCGAGUGUCGUUUCAACGAUCCCAACGCUAAAGAAAUGCACAUGAAAGGGAGACGUCACAGGUUACAAUACAAGAAGAAGGUCAAUCCGGACUUGGUCGUUGAUGUUAAACCGUCGUUGCGCCAGAGAAAGAUACAAGAGGAAAAGAUGAGACGAGCCGCUUUGCGCGAAGAAUUCUGGGCACGCCGACACUACAACAUGCCCGAAGACGAAGACGACCGAAUGUACUGGGAAGACAGACGCCGAUACGAAGAAGAAUACAUGGAGAUGUGCCGACGCGGAAAUCUGGGACCUUAUCCGAGAGGUCGUCCGCCGUUCCCAGGUGGCGCUCCGCCCUACUUCCAAGGAGGCAUGCCGAUGGCAAGACGCACCGAAUCGAGCGACGACAGGCACGUGAUGGCCAGGCACUCGGAAAUAUAUCCGAAAGAAGAGGAAUUGCAGUCGAUUCAACGCAUCGUUUCGCAUACCGAACGCGCCUUGAAGACGGUCUCGGAUCAGCUGGCCGAAAGCACCAAACCGAAGGAGGGACAAGCGCAGCAGCCGCCGACGCCGCAGCAGCCGGUCGCGGCGCCUGCCGCCAACGCUGCUAACGCGACGCCCGCUGCUGCUAAACCCGUGGAGGCCCCGGCCGUUGUACCUAAGCCCGAGAGCGAGAACAAGUCGGCGGAACAGCAGCAGCAGCAACCGAAAGAAGACGGACGCGAUAAUCAAUUAUUCUCCUUCCAACAAGACCGCGACGCGAACAGAAUACUGAAGGGUGUGAUGCGUGUGGGCCACCUCGCCAAGGGUCUUCUCCUACGCGGCGACACCAACGUCGAAUUGGUCGUGCUGUGUGCCGACAAACCGACAUUGGCUUUGUUGAGAAAAGUCGUGGAUUUGUUGCCCCCGGCGUUGAAGCAAGUGGCCCCAGAAAACACCUACACUGUCACGAUAAAUGCCGCAGAAGCCGGCUUGACCGUCGUCGGCGACGGAUUGACGGUUCUUGUACAACUCACAAGUCCCAUUAUGAGGGAGCAAGAAGCUGCGAGCGGCGGGUUGGACCGGGACGUUCUCGCACGCGGCAAGUGUCUCCAGGCGCUGGCAGCCCUCAGACAUACCAAAUGGUUCCAGGCUAGGGCUUUGGGUCUGCAUUCCUGCGUGGUCAUUAUUCGCAUUUUGAGGGAUUUGUGUCAGAGAGUUCCUACGUGGUCGCCUUUGAGCUCAUGGGCAAUGGAGUUGUUGGCAGAGAAGGUCAUUUCUUCAGUACCUGGCCAGGUCCAGCUAUCGCCUGGUGACGCUCUUCGCCGCGUGAUGGAGGCCGUCGCCAGCGGCUUACUUCUUCCCGGAGGACCCGGUUUGGGCGAUCCUUGCGAAAAAGACAGUCCAGAUGCAGCCAGCGGUUUGUCGGCGCAGCAACGUGAAGAUCUCACAUGUUCGGCUCAAUACGCAUUGAGAUUAAUUGCGUACAGACAGAUUUAUAAAGUUUUGGGUAUGGAACCAUUACCCACACAACAGAAAGUCUUCAGACGGGAUAGAUCGGCAAGGAAACGACGUCGGUCAGGGGGAGAACAGGCCGAUUCCGAAAGUGACAGCGGAAAGAUGGUGAAGACAGAAGGAACGGAGACUACGACGGAAACGCCGGUUAAAUAGAUGAAUGCAGGUUAAGUUAAGCUAGAGUUAUUAAUUGCUAUUAGUAAUCUUAAUUUUAUUUUCUACCAUUUACAAGUAUUUUGAUGUAUAAAAUAAUAGAAGUCAAAUUUUUUUGUUGUGGACUACUGUAUAUCAUCGUAGUUGAAAUUGUUUUCUAGCUGUAUUGUGUGAUUAAGAAUAUACUACAUGAUUGAA